ACCCCAUUUCCAAGGGGAAUCAUUUUAAAAAAGAAUUAUGGCAAGUCGUGUUCUUCUGGGUUGCUCGCUUUUAGCUUUCUUUGUUGGAAUGGAGGCACAACAAUGUCCGCCUCAGUUCACUCGUGUCGGGAAAAAAUGCUAUUACGUGGAUUUAACAAAGGCCAACUGGCAUGUGGCUGAUCGAAGCUGUCGAAAGCUCGGAGCUGAGCUAGUGGUCUUCGAUAACGAGCAUGACAUGCUCCUUACAAUCGGAUACCUCAAGAAAUUGGGAAUUCCGUUCGCCGAUGAAUGGCGCCAUUCUGUGUGGGUGGGAAUCAAUUGCCUCGGAAACCGUCGAAACUUCCGAUCAGCCAAGACUGAAGACAUUGUACCCUAUAUGCCAUGGGUGCCCAGGCAGCCAGACAACUUCAGCCCUGAGGAGGAUUGCGUGGGUUUCGCUAACUAUAACAAUGCCUAUGGAUACCAUGACAUCGAGUGCAAAGUGGAGUUCCCUUAUGUGUGCGAAAUUCCAGAAAUUAAUGUUCCAGAGGACUAUUUUUGCCUUAAGCGUGAACUUUUUUUGGAGGCACGUAUUUAAACACCAAUUUUUCUUAAAUGAAAUAAUCUUUAAUCGAAAUAUUCACAUCCAAAUGUAAAAGACGUCAGCUACUACUACUUAUUGAUUGUUUUCCAUAAAAAUAAGUAUCAUAAACUGUAAAGAAAACUAAUCGUUAUUAAAAGUUUAAUAAAAUGAUUUUAAUGUUACGAUAAAAGUGAAAAAGUAAAAUACAAAUUUGUUUUUAAAAAA